GAGAGCCAGGAGACUGAUGAUGAAUUUUGACCAGAAGGCAGUGAAAUUCCUGGCAAAUUUUUACAUCAAUGGAGGCAAACACUGGACCCACGGCCACCUGAGGCAGACGCCACCAGAGCCCAGCCAGCCCAAGGCAUCUGUGCUGUUGUUGGGCCUGGAGCCAGGGCUGGCCUGGGAUGAGACACGGCCCCCAAAGAUGAAGGAGGUCCCAGCUGGUCUGUUACAGACGGGCACCCCUCAGGAGUCCCUGCCCACCUACACCCAGACCCUGAGGGAGCUGUUGCUGGAGCAACGCCCCCCGAUCACAGCUGACCUGGAAGUCCCCAGUCCCACCAGGUACCAGGUGCCCAGCCCGUCCGUACGAGAGUCCUCCCCACACCCUUGCUACAGCAUCGGCUGCAAGCACCGGGGCCGAGAGGGUGGUGGCCGCAGGGCAUGGCAGACUUUGUGGUUCCAGAGUGAAAACCCCUUCACGCAGAAAGCCGACUUCGACCAAGAGCAAAAGUGGCCCUCGCCAGCCCACUACCAGCUGUUCAGCCCGCCCGCCGGCCCCGCCUUCAGCUUCAGAGGCCACCACUCCACCUCCAAGACACCUGAGGGCCACAUCCGCCCAGGGCUGCCUGGGGCCAGGGGGCUAGGCCUCAGGGUGCAGCCCCAGUCCCUGCUUCAGGCCUCUUUGCAGGCACCUGGCAAGAGACGCCCUGGCCCCAACACCUACAACAUCCUUCCUGGGAGCCGCCUGCAGAGGCCCCGUUCUCCGGCCUUCUCGAUGAGCCGCUCUCCGGCGUUCACCUCCUGGCUCAGCACCUCUCGAACCCCUGGCCCAGCUGCCUACCACGUGGAGGAUUGCUACAACUCACGCUUCCCCUCAGUGCCUGGCGUGGUCAUCCAGGGUGUGCGCAGACCCAAGCGCCACAACACAGGCCCCUUCUGUGCGCUCUAGAGCCAGCUGGGCACAACCUGCUUGGCCCAGCCAAGUGGCCUCCCCCGGGGCUUUCCCAGGCCUCCCUUGGGACUCGGGGCCCCAGCCUGGCCUUCUGACCCUCUAGGCACCCCUGAUGCACCCUUCUGGUUGGUCAAUCCUUCUAUGGGCUGUGGACAAGGCUGGCCCAGCCUGGACCCCUCAUCUGGCCACCUCCCUGCUAUACAGAGACACUGUUGGUUCUC